UUGCAGCGAUUGAUGAAAAAUGUUUGCUUCUUCUGUUAAGAGGUACAGGAGAGAUUCAGAAAAGAGUGACGCUGAGGAAGAAAAUGACAAAUACGUUCCUUAUGUACCAGUGAGGGAACGAAAGAAACAACAACUUCUCAAGCUUGGUCGCAUCGUGCAGCUAACUGCGGAAGCAUCUGCAGUAGGAAAAUCGUCCAGCGAAAAUGAACAUGAAGAGGAAAGCACGGAGGAGUCGUGGGGAAGAAAGUUCAACAUUAGCCUGUUGGAUCAACACACCGAGUUGAAGAAGAUAGCAGAGGCAAAGAAAAUCAGCGCCGUUGAGAAACAGCUGAAGGAAGAGGAAAAAAUCCUUGAAAGUGUGGCCGAAAAGAAAGCUCUGAUGGGUGUUGCUGAGUUGGCGAAAGGUAUACAAUAUGAAGAUCCAAUCAAAACCAGCUGGACGCCGCCAAGAUACAUUUUGGCAAAGCCAGACUCGCGCCACGAGAAGAUCCGCGAGAAGCUGCGCAUUUUAACAGAAGGAGAAAACGUACCACCGCCACUUCUUACGUUUCGUGAAAUGAAGCUACCGAAAGCAGUGCUGGGCGCAUUAGCGAAGCGAAACAUAAAAAAACCAUCACCAAUUCAAGUGCAAGGAAUACCAGCGGUGCUAGCCGGGCGCGAUUUGAUUGGAAUCGCUUUCACCGGUUCCGGCAAAACGCUGGUGUUCGUUUUGCCGAUAAUCAUGUUCUGUUUGGAGCAGGAAUUACGCCUGCCAUUCAUCAAGCGUGAAGGUCCAUACGGUUUAAUCAUUUGUCCGUCGCGGGAGCUGGCGAAGCAAACACACGAUAUCAUCCAGUACUACUGCCGGCACCUGCAGGAAGCUGGUAUGCCCGAAAUUCGUACCGUGCUGGCAAUUGGAGGGGUGCCAGUUAAUGAUGCGAUCGCAAUCAUUCAGCAAGGAGCACAUAUCAUGGUAGCUACACCGGGCCGUCUCAUGGAUAUGCUUGAUAAGAAAUUGGUCAAUCUCGAUGUUUGCCGCUAUUUGUGUAUGGAUGAAGCUGAUCGCAUGAUUGAUAUGGGAUUUGAGGAGGACGUUCGUACGAUAUUUUCCUACUUCAAAGGACAGCGGCAGACCUUGCUGUUUUCUGCCACCAUGCCGAAAAAGAUCCAAAACUUUGCCAAAUCUGCUCUUGUGAAACCAGUUACAAUUAACGUCGGUCGGGCAGGUGCUGCCUCGAUGAAUGUUACACAAGAUGUGGAAUACGUGAAACAAGAGGCAAAAGUUGUGUAUCUGCUGGAGUGCCUCCAAAAAACUCCACCGCCUGUAUUAAUAUUUGCAGAGAAAAAGCAGGAUGUCGAUGCGAUACAUGAGUACCUACUGCUGAAGGGUGUUGAAGCUGUGGCAAUCCAUGGCGGGAAGGAUCAAGAGGAACGAUACCGGUCGGUUGAAUCAUUUCGAAAUCAAGAAAAAGAUGUCCUGGUCGCAACGGAUGUCGCUUCGAAAGGGUUAGACUUUCCCGACGUGCAGCAUGUAAUUAAUUACGAUAUGCCGGACGAUAUCGAGAAUUAUGUGCAUCGAAUCGGCCGUACGGGAAGAUCGGGAUCGAAAGGAUUGGCAACGACGUUUAUCAACAAGGCGACCGAACAGUUUGUGCUGCUGGACUUGAAGCACCUGUUGAUCGAAGCGAAACAAAAGGUUCCUCCAUUCUUGGGCGAACUUUGCUCGGAGACAGAGAAGUAUGCCGAUCUGGGUGAUGGUUGCAGUUACUGUGGUGGUUUAGGUCAUCGUAUCACCGAGUGUCCCAAACUUGAAGCUGUACAAAGCAAGCAAGCUUCUAAUAUUGGCCGUAGAGAUUAUUUGUCGAACACGGCAGCUGAUUACUAGAGUGCA